AUGGACGAAAGCAACGCAGAAGAAGCACAACUGGCCUUGUUAAAAACCGGCCUUCAAAAGCAAAUCGAUGAAUUUCAAAUGCUUUUGGCUAUUUACUGCAACCCUGGCGAGCUUCAUGUGGACGAUUACAGCUGCAUCGACAAUCUAAACAGCUACAUCAACGGAGAAACUACUCGACUAACGUCAAAGUUAGACUACCACUUUGAACUGCCACUGUUGCCAAAUCAAAAGGUACAGAUUCUGGUGGAGCUACCGCAUCUCUAUCCGGCACUGGAAAUACCACGUAUCGUUAUCCGCUCGGCUGUAAUUCCGCGCGAUCAGGAACGCUUGCUUACCAACAAGAUCAACCAAUACAUCGAGGAUGAGGUAGUGGAACGUGAUGAACCGUAUGUUUAUCAAGUGGUUGGCUGGAUACAGGACAACUUCACCGAACUCAUGCAAACAACGGGUGAGAAGCGGCAACCAUCCCAUACCACUCCCGGCAAAAGUUCCGUCCCGGGGAUCAAUUCGAUCGUAUUCGAACGUUUAUGGAUAUACUCGCACCAUCUUAAAAGCAAAAACAAACGACAAACCAUACUCAAAACUGCCCGAGACCUGAUGCUGACCGGAUUUUCCCGUCCCGGCAAACCGGCCAUUAUUUGCGUGGAAGGACAGCACCAAGAUACGCAAGAGUUUUGGCGCACGAUAAAACACCUCAAAUGGCAGAAGAUACAGAUAAAGUUCAACGAAACAGAAACGGUGAACAACGAAAACGAAAUGGCGGCUCUGCGGCACUUUGGGUCCGGCUUUCGCGAGGAACUGUUCUGCGAGAUGGACGAAGAUUCCGAUACAGAGGAUCAGCCGAUGAGUAUGAGUCUGUUUAUGAAGUUUCUCGAGAAGCACAACUGUGGUUACAUCAAGAAGGAAUUGUUUGGAUUUUCAAAUUCGACUGAAAAUGCAAUUACCUAG